GCCGCGUGAGAUGGGCCGCUCGCUUCGCCGGCCCGUCCGGGCCUCCGAGCGUCCCCGCUCGUCGCCUCGUCCCCUGCCUGCGCCGCAGUGGAGCAACCGGCACUACCGAACCGCUCGGCGUAGCAUCCACGCAGCGCAGGGGAAGGAAAGCCGAAGCGCGGCCGCCGCGCGUGAGAUCGACGCGCGGCGACUUCGCCAACCUUCCCUAUAAAGCGCUGCCCCAAUCGCCAAGCCCACCGACCUCCUCCUCCUCUCCAGUCUCCACCACCGACUUCUUCGUUUGAUCUCGGGCUCCGGAGGACCGGAGGAUGUCCGGCGAGAGAUGCGCCGGGCGGCCGCUGUUCGGCGGCGCCAUCUCCAGUACCUUCCCCGUCCGGUUCCAGGAUGUGAGCAACAUCAGGCAAGUCCCCGACCAUCAGGAGGUGUUCGUUGACCCGGCCCGCGACGAGAGCCUCAUCUUCGAGCUGCUCGACCUCAAGGGCGAGGUAGAGGACGGCGGCAGCGCGCUCUGGUUCCUGCGCGACAUCGCCAACGAGCAGGACGCGGGGGACAACUUGGUAGUUGAGCAUUCUGGGACGAUCGAGCUAGGUGGUCUGCGAUUUGGAGAUGCUCCUGCAGUGGCUGGAACUGCGGUUGGUCAGCUGGCUAUCUCAAAAGGAAGGCAAGGCAGAGAAGCACAGAACAUUGUUCGACUUUACUUGGCCAAUAUACGCCUCAAGAAUGCAGCUACUGAUGUAGUUAUUACUGCAUAUGAGCCACUGUUGAUAAACCCCUUGAGUGAAAGCGCCAGUGCAGUUGCAGCCGGUCCAGCAGUACCAGCAGAACAAGCAGGAUGCUUAGCAAUGUCUGAGAUCUUCAAGCUCGCCGUGAUGAACUUCAAUGUCCAUGACUGGAAUCUUUUCAAUGGCAGCAGUUGAAACAGGGUGGAUAGUUUAUCAUAGUACCACUACUGAGCAUCGCAUGAACUUUUCCUUGGUCUAGUAUCUGAACAUUAUUUUAGAUCGGCAACAUUCGUUUUGUUAAUGUAGUGUCAUCAGCAGACCCCUGUUGAACUUGAGUAUCAUGUUAGCUUCAGGAAUUUACUCAUUUGGCCCAUGAUAGUUAAUAGUAAGCACUAAAUCAGUAAAGAAGAAUUAUGUGUAUCUAUCAAGUUAGCUAUGAGUUCUGGACUUCUAGUUAGCUAGAGUUCUGGACUUCUUCAUUUUUGAGUCCACAGGUUCGAAAAGUUCGUUCUGAAAUCAAUUGGAUUUCCGAAGGAAAAUGUCGUCCUCCCUACAUUGUA